GCAGUUCGCGCUCGUGCAGAGCAAUGUCCCUCGCCCCAGCAGCAUCCGCCUCUGGGCCCGACGCGGCGGCGGCGAGCGGCCAGCUCGUGGCGGUCGAGGACGUGGAUCUCGGCUUUUGCUACCUGUGCUGUGACACCAUCACGGACGAGGCCGAGAAGCUGGUGGUGCAGGAGGGUUCGGACACCCGCAGGGAGAUCGCGUGCCACAAGAAGUGCAACAGCCUCAAGAAGCGCGUUCAGACCGUCCGCAACAACGUGUCGGGCUUCGAAUGCUUCUGCGAGGUUGAAGGCGACCAGCGGGCCGAAUUCUACAAGACGGCCGUCGGGCUGUACGGGCCCGACUUGCAGAAGGUGAUGACGGAGACGUUGGAGACCAAGCGCGUGGAUUCGAACGUGGCCGACUUCAUCGAGGAGGGCGACUUCAUGGAGGUCAAUGAGGCCCGCGAGAAGACGUGCGCUAUGACGGAUAUCGAGUACGUGUACGUGCCGAACUACAAGUUCUCGAACCACAGGAAAGUGACGGAUGAGAGCACCAGGGCGAGGCACAUCUCAGGGGCGAAGACCUUGAAGAAGCCGAAGGCGCUGGCAGCGCCGAAGGAGCCGAAGGAGCCAGCCGCGCCCAAAGGCUCGAAGAUCCCGAAGGGCAUCCUGAACAGGAGCGACAAGCUGGAGGAGCGCAUGGGCCAGUGCAUCCUCGACACGGCCGAGUCCAUCAUGGUUGCGAACAGCCCCGAGGCCGACGGCCACGUGUCCGCGCGCGCCCUGGAGCAAGCUGUAGCCUCGCACUCCAAGCUCGAGCAGGCCCUCCAAGAGUUCAAGGAGGUUCGCACCACCGAGGGGCUCACGAAGGAGACGCUCGUGCUGAAGAUCGAGCACGCCGAGGCCCUGAUUAACUCGCACAUUGACAUCCAGUCCAAGCUCGACGGCAUGCUCGAGGACGUGGGGGAGCCCAUCUUGGCCGCGCAGGCGGAGAAGGAUGCGGCGGCGACGUUGGGGGAGUCUUCGGAGGAGGGAGCUGCGGGGGCCGCAGCGGCGGCGGAGGAGGCAGGGGCCUCGGGGCCCAGUGAAUCGGCGGCGGGCGAUUCGGCCGCCCUUGACCGCGGCGGCUCGGGCAUGGCUUCCAGCGGCCUCGAGUCGCCCCAGGCCUUUGUAUCCAGGGAGUCGGCGGCGUCGGCUGGAGUCGCACCGUUCGCUGGUUCCGAGAGUCUUCAGGAAAUCUUCGAUGCCGAGAAUUUCGUUGGCGAACCCGAGAGCGAUGCCCACGAUUCCGAGGGCGAUGCUCUCUCGGCCGACACACUCCGACUCGGGUCGGCCCAGGUGCCCGCGGCCGCUGGUGCUGCGGAUGGCGCCGAUGGCAAGGCCGCGGGGCGUGGCAAGCGCAAGGCCGUAGGGGCUGCCACGACCGCCAGGCCCAAGGCCUCGGGCAAGCAGAAGGGGAAGGGGCGUGGCAAGGCCAAGGCGAAGGCGAAGGGCAUCAAG